UUCAGAGUGACUGACACUAAGCAGAGAAACAUUAGUCGCAUAUCAAGUAAAUAAACCAAAAGACAGCUGUUGAAAAUAAAUAUUGUGACAGCGGCGCACUGAAGAAAACAACCCAGUGCGACGAGGUGCAAACGAAGGACAAGCUGGUGGUGACCAGUCAGGUCACAGUGCUACCUGCCAUGUCGAGACGCAACAGGAACAGCAGGGCGUGGCGCUACGUGUGGGGCGGUAUCCGGCGAGAUGCAGACGCCCGGGCAUUGGUUCUGGCCUCGGAGAGUGAGGAGUGGCGGUAUGAACGCUUACAGUACAGCGACUCGGACUCAGAGCUGGAGUUCCCGGCGGUCAUCCCCGCGGUGCCCAGCGCAGUGCCGGUGACGGGGGAGUCUUACUGUGGCUGCGACUCCCAAGCCGAGCCCAGCUACAACCCCCGGCUGCGGGCCUUCCACCGCGUCAAGGACUGCCACUGCGGAGAGGACGCCCAGGACUUUGACUGGGUGUGGGAUGAUAGCAGUAAAUCCACUGCCACCCUGCUCACCUGUGACAAUCGCAAGGUCAACUUCCACAUGGAGUACAGCUGUGGCACAGCCGCCAUCCGCGGCUCCAAGGAGCUGGCCGACGGACAGCACUUCUGGGAGAUCAAGAUGACCUCCCCAGUAUACGGCACCGACAUGAUGGUGGGAAUAGGGACGUCAGACGUGAAUCUGGACAAGUACAGACACACGUUCUGCAGUCUGCUGGGGAAGGAUGAAGACAGCUGGGGGCUGUCAUACACAGGUCUGCUGCAUCACAGAGGUGACAAGGUUAGCUUCUCGUCACGCUUUGGCCAAGGUUCCAUUAUUGGGGUGCACUUGGACACCUGGCACGGCACCCUCACCUUCUUCAAGAACCGCAAGUGCAUAGGUGUGGCCGCCACAGAGCUGCAGAACAAGAAGUUCUUCCCCAUGGUGUGCUCCACGGCGGCCAAGAGCAGCAUGAAGGUGAUCCGCUCCUGCUUCGCCCCCACCUCCCUGCAGUACCUGUGCUGCGCGCGGCUGCGGCAGCUGCUGCCUGACUGUGUGGACACGCUCAGCGUGCUGCCGCUGCCCCCCGGCCUCCGGCACCUGCUGCACAACAAGCUGGGCUGGGUGCUCAGCCUCAACAACGGGGCCACGGACGGGCCUGACCAGCCGUCCGACUCUCCCGUCCCGCCCGGCGCCUAUGCCUCCGCCGCGCUCUCUUCCGGGAGCGACUCGGAGGGCUGCUCCUCCGACCCCGAGGCCUGCCAGAGGAAGCGCUGCCGCUGGACUUAACAGCCUCCCCCUACACGUGCCCCUCCCAAACACACACACACGCUCCCCCGCCCCUCC